AACAGACCAUCUGUCAGCAGAUUCCCUCAACGUACACGAUCUGAUCAAGACCUCUCAACCAGACAGAACAGAGUGCUAGAAAUGCUGAUAAUUCUGUGUCUUCUGGCCCUGACCUCAUCCUGCUGCGGCCAGUCAUGGACUGAAGUGGAGGGAUCCUUGAAACAUGUGUCAAUAGGAAGAGCAGGCGUGUGGGGGGUUGAUGCUGACGAUAAGAUCUACUAUCGUGAGGGUACAUACAAGGCGCCAUUGGAAACAGGCACAGAAUGGACGCUCGUCCCUGGACUUCUCAAACAGCUCGACGUCGGCACAGACAUCGUCGUUGGCGUCAGCAGCAUAGAUCAGAUUUUUUACAGAAAGUAUAUCACAGACGAACAGCCUACAGGGUCGGCCUGGGUCACACUGGACGGUCGUCUCAAACAUGUGACUGUGUCUCCCAAAGGCGCCAUCUGGGGAGUUAGUCAUGAUAAUUUGAUCUGGUUCCGGAAGGGCAUUAGCCUGGACAAUCCAGGGGGAACUGGUUGGCAGAAGGUUGAUGGGUCCUUAGUACAGAUUUCUGCAGGACUGGCUGGCGUGUGGGGGGUCGAUGCCAACGAGGACAUUUUUUACCGAGAGGGAACCUACGGUGGACACAUCACGGUGGGCAGUGGAUGGACCCCAGUAUCAGGAAAACUUGCAUACAUCACUUCCGGUUCAGGAAUGGUGCUUGGUGUGAGCAGCAAGACAGAGAUGUUACGCAGAACUGGGAUCAGUGAAACAAAUCCCACAGGAUAUAAAUGGGACAAGUUCGGUGAAGGACAGAUGAUGAUUGAGGAGUAUGGCGGUACUAUGUGGAUCGUUAGCCCACUGCAUGAGAUCUUGGUAUUCAACUAAGACGUCACCAUUACCGACAACCAACUAAGACGUCACCAUUACCUACAGCCUCUUGAGCCUUGAUGUUAUCUAUUCGACAAUUAUAACCGUUUGCAAUGGUUGCUAUUUUCAAUAUAAAUGCUGAAAGUGACGCCUUUAACAAUUAAAAAGUUAUUUCAUCUGA